AUGCCCUCAUUAUCUAAGAUUGAUGUUAAUCUAUUGCAAUUUCAAGAGUUGGAAACUCCUCGUAAUGUGGUUAUAUUAUCAUUAGGUGAGAAUUCAAACUUAAAGAGAACCACAUUGACAUCCGAACAACAAAUGAACAUCAUCACUAGUCAAAGCUCUUAUUCCAAUACAAUCAAGGUAUCUGACGAUAAUUUACUCUGUUAUCAUUUAUCACAGAACUAUACAAAGAUAAUUAUGUAUACAACUGACAAUUGUAUCGAUGGCAAGACAAUUAUUAUCAACUUACCUCAAGCCACUAUGAAAAAACACAAUACUCUGUCACCUUUGAUCAGUGGAGAGACCCUUUUCUUUCAUAUUAUCCUAAAUGAUGGACUGUUCCUAACCUUGAAGUUACCAUUGAAUUAUAUACUGGAUGUUACUAAUAGCAUUAAUCUUUCUGACAAUUGGGUUAAAGUUCAAAAUCCAUAUGACUUCACAAUUAGAGUGCCCCAUUUACUAUAUCCAGUAUCAGAGGAAUUAUUAAUGGUAUUUCUUAAAGAUGGUGGUUUGUUAGGUUUAAGGAAAACUUCAGAUGAUUUAGAUCUUGAGCCAUUGUUAUUCAACGAUAACUCAUACCUUCAAAGUUUGACAAAACUUUUCUACAAAAAUCAAAAUGUUACAGGGAAAGUUAUAAGUUGUGUAACCUUUGAUGAACAAUUCUUAAUUGUUUUAACACAAAACUAUUAUUUGAAGAUAUGGGACAUCAAAACUUUCAGUUUAAUCAAAGAAUAUAAUCUUUCAGAUAAUAUAAUAGAUGAUGAUAUCCAUGGAAAUGAUAUUCAACAAUAUAACGACUCCGGUAACUUCUUAUCUAUUUUUCAAAAUACUUUGGUCAUUUAUUCACCUCAUAAGAAUGGCAUUUUCCAAAUUGGUUACCUGUCGGUGGAUCAAACUGGAGUCUUAGAUUUUAAUUUGAAAAACAUAAUAAGUUCGAGUUUAUCCUCAUCGUCGAUAUGGUUCUUAGCUGAUAUGAAAUUGAUUAAACCAAUUGACUUAAAUUACACCUCUAGUUACCUAAACUUGACUGUUUUAUGGAAAAGUGGUUCUUUAAGUAAAUUUCAAAUAUUAAACAUAUUAUAUGAUGAUCUUAAGGAUUAUCAAUGGAUUGAAUCUUCCAGUAAGUCUUUAACUGACGGUCUAGAUGAUUUGGAUUUGGCGUGUAUUAAUCAAGCAGAAAAUGAAACUGAUGAUGAAUUAUAUGAUAGAUGUUUCUUAACUUUGAAAUCAAGAUUCCCACCCGAGGUAUUUAAAAGGGCAUUAAACAUACUUAGUGAGAAUAAUAUAAUAGUAACGUCAUCAGAUAAUAUCACUCAAAGAAAAGAGUAUUUAGCUAACCUAGAGACAAUAUCAAAGGAUAUUAAAGGUAAAAUGGACGAAGUAUCAACUCUAUCUAUUUCCAACGAUGAACUAAUAUUUGUAAAUUCUAUUACACCAUUUAAUCAUGCCGCAUUUAAGAUUAAUAAUGGAUUAGAAUAUUAUUAUUUUAAUUUGCGUAACACAGAAUAUCAAGAUGACUUAUCUAAAUAUUUGAAAGCAUUAAAUCGGUUUACUAGUACAUUACCAAGACACGUUAUUCGUACACUAGGUGAACACUUCCUUGAUAUUUCAACUGGCAAAUUAUCCACAAAGUUGUCACCAAAUGAAAAAUUUAUAGAAAUAUUCAAGUCAGCAUUACAAAAUCAAUUCGAAAUAGGUAACUUACAACUUCUAAUGACUGAAAUGAAUAACCUAGACAUUAGUGCUUUAUUAACAGAUUUUAUUCAAAAUUAUUUAAUAACACCACAACAAAAUUCUACAUUUAUUGAGACGCUGACAACAAAUAUGUUCUCUAAGAUUACAAUUAUUGAGAGCAUGUACCAAAUGAUUAGCAUACAAAAUGCAUUUAUAAUUCAAAUUUUAAUGACAUUUGUAUUACUAGAUUCUACCUAUAGUUACUUUGCUGAACAAAUUGAAGAAUUAUUACAAUUUAAUUAUAAACAAUUAUUGUUUUUGGAAUUAUACAAACAUGAUAAAUUGCAACUCGUUGAUAACAUCUUUGUUAAAAGUACUAAGUACCAUAAAGGAGCUAAAUUUUAUUCAUAUUCAGAAAUGAAUGAUUUUAUUAUGCAUAACAUUUCUUUGUUUUACCAAGAACCAAUCACUAUGAAUACAUUUUUCUUGGAAAGUAUAAAGAAAUAUAUAUUACCUAGCGGUAAACAAAAUACAAUUCAAGAAACAAAAAUGUAUUUGAGAAAUGUUGGUAGCCGUUUCUACAGAAGAGGAGAUAAAUCAGACGAACUUCUGUUUUCCAUGUUAUUAUUUGUUGCUGGUGAGUAUGAAGAAUCUUGCAGAUUUUUCCAACUUCAUGAUGGGUACAACGAUAUAAACACCGAAAAGUUACCAUACUUUAUUCAUGAUUUGUUAGUUUCAGAAGGUUCAGAUUCGAUAUGGGUACCUUUAAUGAAGACUUUUGUUGCUCAAGACCAUAAACAAGCAAGAUUUUAUUAUUAUUUAUCUUGUCUGUAUAGUUAUCAUGGCAAUAAUCCAUCCCUUGCUUUAAGAUCUAUUAAAAAGUCAAUAGAAAUUUCUCUGGAAGAUGAUACAGAAUUUGAUAUUGUCACAAAACAACAUGAACAAUUAUUAGCUAUGCUGAUACGCUUUUCAAUAUUUGAUGAAGUAAUUGAUGUGCUGAGAUUGGGUCAUUCUUUCCUUUCUGCAAACGAGAGGCGCCAAUAUUUUUCCUCUUUAUUAAGUUAUCCAAACCAUAAUGAUCAGUUCUUCUCUACCCUAAUAAAUAUGUCAACAAACCCUGAUAGUAGAUUAGGGUUAGAAGACUAUAUUCUAGUCGAUUCUAUCUUAAGUGAUAAUCUCCCAAAGGGUGAUUGGAUCUCAUAUAAAAAAUUAUUUACUUUCAGAUUUGUUAACAAAUUUGAAAGAGAGGCAGCCGAGGUGAUAUUUAAAUAUUGGUUUAAAGUUCAGAACAACGUAGAUGUGCAAAUGAAGAAGAAGUACUGUCUGAUUAUUAUUAACAUACUAUCGACAUUUGUCAAUAGUUAUGACCAGUAUAUUUUAGAUGGUGCUAACGUUGUGACAUUAGAUGAACUAAAGGAACAAUGCAUGAAAUUAUAG